AUGGCCGCACCCGCUGCCGGCCGAUGCAAGCUGCCGCCUCCACCGCACCAGCGAUACUGGCCGCGGCUCGCCGCCACGCGCCGGCUCGGAAGAGGGGCUAUCGGCGGCGCAGCAGAGCGGCAUGCGUCGUCAUUCGAGCAGCACCAGUGCAUCGCAUUCGCCGGCACCGCUGCGCUGCUGCUUCAGCGCGACCAAGCCUUCAACCAUUGGGGCCGGCCGAAACGGUCGCCGUCGAAGGUGAGCCUCUGCACAUUCAGAUGUUUGCCAUCGGAGACGCCAAACAUCUCUCCGGCGGAGUGGGAGGCGGCCAAAGCUGCGGAGCAGCGUCGGGCCGGGCUGGAGCAUAAUCGAGCCCAGACCAAAGGCGACAGCUGGGGCGGUGGCGUCAGCUUCUUAGACAGCGGGCCUCUCGAAUGCGGCCGAUACGACGCCGACGACUGCAAGGCCGCGUACCGGAGCGGCAAGGACAGGGGCACGCUCAGCAACUUUUACGCCCGCUGUCGGAGCGAGCACGGCUCUCAGCCACUCCGUAGCCGCUGCACUCUCUGCUGCACCGGCGAGAAUGCGCGGUGGGCGCACGCAGUCAAGGCCUCGGCUGACUCCAACUUCGGCACGCGCGGCAAGUGGGACGUGCGCAUGGCGACGGGCGCCCCGACCCUUCCCGGCGGCUGCCGCGCGGGCAAGCCGGGCUCCUGGGCGCCCCGGCACAAGGACUUGUCGGCGCACAAGCUGCGCGCGCGCGCCACCCGCAUCACCAUCUACGAGCACGCCAAUCCCCCGUCCGCCGCCGGCUUUGUGCGGAGCGUGACGCUGGUCGCGCCGUCGGGCGCCACCCACGUGGUGUGGUCUGGAGUCGACAUGACCGGGUGCGGUGGGGCGCUGACGGUCCCGCUCGACGGCUCGUUUGUCGCGUCUGCGGCGAUCAUUGCUACGCGAACCUCUCAGCACGCUUGGGAGUAUGUAGAUGCCGUCCGGCUGGAUGGCUGGGCGGCGGGCGGGCAGUGCUUUGGCAGCAGGCGCCACUAGGCGGCCAAUAGGCGGCGGGCAAAUAGAUGGAGCCAUUGUGGUGCUUGUCGGGUAGCCGGCCUCACGCAAAAAAAGAUACGCAC